AGACUGUGGCCAUGCUGGGGCACCGCCAUGAAUUUUAGCUGAACAAAUCGAUCCCGGUACUUAUUCUAUUGGUUUCUUUUGCCGAACUGCUAGAUUACAGAAACGUAAACACACCACUAACAGUUGUCAAGCGGCAGUGGAGGAUAAACACAAACACCGACGUACACUCACACACACAUGACAGGCUUGUUUCAGUUUCCGUCUACCAAAUCUACUCACACGGCUUUGGUCAGCCAGAGGCUAUAGUGGAAGACACUUGCCCAAAGUGCCUCACAGUGGGACUGAACUCAGAACUACGUGGUUGGAAAGCAAACUUCUUACCGCGCCUACGCCUAUUUAUCGUAACAGAAAUAGAAACUACUACUAUUACUACUACUACUCGUUCAUUUCACACACCGGCAAGCUCUGAGCCAUGUACGUCUCACCUCCAACCACGGCUACGUCUCUGUAUCUCCACUUGAUGUAUUUAAGCAUCCACUAUCGCCAACACCAAUAAAUACAACAGUCGUAACACCAUCGCCAUCGCUACGUCGACUAGCAAGCACCACAUUCUCCAGUUUGAACUACCACAAGAGCAGCACUCAGGCUCUUACAUAAUUACUCACAGCCAUCGUUAAAUUCUGGGAUUAAAUGCUCAAUUAGACAGACAACCAUGUUUAAUCGCCAGAAGAAGAUAAUGAUCGGUGCGAGAGAAUCAGGGGCAGCUAACCAAGGACGAGAGACCAUCGUGCUGAAAGCUGCCCAAUUAGCUCCGGACCUCAUGAUGAAACGUUAUUGGAUGUCCAGUAAUUAUCCUUAUAAUCACCUGGCAGAGAAAUUGCCACUUCAUCAUCGAACCCGUUCACAGCGGCAUCUCUAUCAAAGCAACACAUUAUCAUCAGAACACAGCAGUCCGGAACCAUUGUCUGUUGAUGAAGAUGCCAGAUAUCCACAGCACACGUGCAGAAACCCAUCAUUCUCUCCCAAAACAUCGAACCUACAAAAAAACUACCCAACAUUUUCAUCAGGGGAUCGAGUUCUACCCAUGGAGAACCCUAUCUCACCAGGGGUACCAGUGCUCUAUAGAACAGCUGAGGAAAAAUCCAUCAACCCAGACAGGUUGAAUCUAGACAGGCGCCGGUUCACAGUGUGUCCAGUACUGGAGGGAGAAGAACCCUUGAGGUUGUUAAACUAUCAACACAACCUAAUCAAGAAAAUCGAACACGUUAAUUACCUGAACAAAUUGAUUUUUCUGGAUUUUUACGACAACCAAAUUGAAGAGAUUGAUGGCCUGAGUCACCUGAAAUCACUGCGGGUAUUGAUGCUGGGUAAAAAUAGGUGUCAUUGGACUGAAGCUAUCCAAGUUUCAAAAUUCCUUGCUACUUAUCUUUCUUCCUUUGUUUUAUUUUUUUUAUACUUUUUAAUUUUAUUUUUUCUUCUAUCUCUUCAGCUUUCUGAGAUUACAAAUCUGAACCAUUUGUCAGAACUACGUGUCUUGAAUUUGGCUGGGAAUUUAUUAAAACAUGUCGAGAACCUGAAUGGUAUGGAUUCCUUAAUGGAACUCAAUCUCAGACGCAAUCGUAUACAGAGUGUUUCAGACAUCGAUUGUCUACCUUCCCUUCAGCGCCUCUAUCUCAGCUUCAACGAAAUUUGCAGUUUCAGUGCUGUUAGCUGUCUGUCAGACUCUAGCUCUUUAUCAGAAGUCUCCCUUGAUGGUAACCCUAUCGCCAUUGAACACAGUUAUCGGCAAAAUGUCCUUUACAACAUGCAACAACUCCGGCUGCUCGACAUGCGACGAGUCUCUGAAGACGAGAGACGAAUGGCAUUGGUUGCGGCACGUAAAGAGGAAGAACGGAAAAGGGAGAUGAGGAAGAUAGCAACAUUAAAGGAAAAGCGCCGAGUUGCCAUUAACAAUGCUAAGAAACAAUGGGAUGUUAUACAAGGAAGUUUGAUGUCCCAUGUUGGUAAAACUGGUAAAAUACCUGAGCUGUAUACUUCACAUGUUGGUUCUUACCCCAAUACCAGACGACCAAAUGACACUGGAAUCCCUCAGAAUAAAGAUGUCACCACAAUAUUCGAUGAUGUUUUUCAUAUAUCAGGAAAACUCGAAAAGUUGCUGAAAUAUCCUGCAGGUAGCCACAGUGCGCAAUCAGAUGUACCAAGUACAGCAACAGAUGUACCAAGUACAGCAACAGAUGUAACAAGUACGUCAAUAGAUGUACCUAGUGCAUCAACAGAUGUACCUAGUACACCUAAUCUGAGUGAUGAACAACAGGAAAGUGAAAUACAAAAGAACUCUGGUUCCAAGACACACAAUGAACAGUUGAAGUCAACAAAACAAACAUUUAUUUUUAGAUCUCCCAGUAAUAUUGAAAACGAUGAAUGUGAUUUAAACAACCUUGCUGAACUUGAUGACAAUUCUUUAGCCAUGUAUGGAAUUGGUUCUCUGGAAGCUCUUGAUAGGACUUAUGGCAUUCCAACUGCUGGAAGUGUUACUACCAUUCUCUUCAAUUUCAUUGAUUUUGAUGAGAUUGUUAAACAUUUGCCCAAACUCAAAUCUAGAUUUCCUGGUCUUGUGUGUUUAGUAUUGAAUGCCUGCAACAUUCACAGUCUCACACAACUGAAUGCUUUGGCAACAGUCCGAAGACUUGACCACAUAGUCAUUGAUGAAGUAAACCCAGUCACCAAGUUCUCUUUGUGGCGAUAUUAUUUAUUAUUCCGACUUGCUCAUUUUUCUCUCAAGACAAUCAACAAUAAAGAGGUGACAGCAACUGAUAUUGUCCAUGCAGAACAUUUAUUUGGUACUUUCUCACACCUGAUGACCACGUAUCUGACUUCAGCUCAACUCAUCACUUUGGUCAGUGAAACAAAGAAAAAGCAAAUUUUAGCAACUUUAGAAGAGAGAAACAAAAAAGCAACUGACACUAAAUUCUUUGAUAAAAGUCAAGAGGAAUUAGCUGGGCGUUCUAUAUUGGUUUACCCUGGCUCAUCUCGGCAACAGAAGUCAAAGAUCUGCAAGAAACUAGCCAAAGAGUACGUGUCUGAAAUUGUAAGGAAUGUGUUACAUGCAGAGAAGAAACGAAGUGAAGUGUCUCGGAUAUGGCCGGAAUUAUUUGAAGAUUUUUUACUGAAUAUUCUCUCAGACAUGGAUGAUACUAACACCUAUAUAAAGAAUUGGUUUGAUAAACUAGAAAAAUCAUAAAAUAUAUAUCAUCACUGAA